AGCUGUGUUUUCAGAUUGGGAGCUGGACUGAGGGGAGGGCGCUCUUCAGACCAGCGCUCCCGAUAGCAUUGCUAUAACUGACGAUUUCAGGUCGUCGAAUUUCAAGGAAAACAUAGCGCCAUUAUCAAGUCUUUCACAUCCCACUCUAAACACACUAACACGGCAUUGAUGGUAAUGUAUGCAAGGAAACAACCGAGACUCGGCGAUGGGUGCGACCGAAGAGAUUCUCAGCCCUAUCAGACUCUCAAAUAUUCAUCCAAAAGCCAUCCAGGAGGGGAACAUCGUCACGAGAAGACGCGCGACCCUGCAGAUGUCACUCCUCCUUGCAAGGUGCUCAGGAGGUCCGACAGCCCGGAGAACAAACACGGAGACAGCGCAGGCCACGGCAGAGCAAAGGCUGUCCACACGCACCGCGUCAGAGAAAGGGAUGGAGGACCCAGUUAUUCUCCACAAGAGAAUUCCCACAACCACAGUUCCCUCCAUAGCUCCAACUCUCAUUCUAACCCCCACAAGACCUCAGACACGCCUUACGAGCCUGGAGACGACUGGUCCGAGCACAUCAGCUCCUCUGGGAAGAAAUACUACUACAACUGCAGGACAGAGGUGUCCCAGUGGGAGAAGCCCAAAGAAUGGCUGGAGAGAGAACAGAGGCAAAAGGAGGCGACAAAGACCGCUGUUGUCAACAGUUUCCCCAAAGACAGGGACUACAGAAGGGAGGCCAUGCAAGCAACAGCAGCCCCAGGCUUUGCUGGAUCUAAGUCGACUCCGGUGGAGAAGCCCACAGCGACUCUUCCCAGCCAGUCCCAGUCCUCCUCCUCGGCUGCGGGGAGCUUGAACCCUUCAUCGGGGCCGCCAGGAUCAUCCGCCUCCACCGUGCCUGUCUCCCCGGUCCUUCAGUCACCAACCCCUCCAAUCCUUCAGGACCCCAAUCUGCUUCGCCAGCUCCUCCCAGCACUUCAGACGGCUCUGCAGCUCAACAACGCCAGCGUAGAUAUGGCAAAAAUCAACGAAGUUCUCACAGCUGCCGUCACACAAGCUUCAUUACAGUCGAUGCUCCACAAGAUCCUCACAGCCGGACCGUCGGCUUUCAACAUCACUACUAUCCUCUCUCAAGCUGCCCAGCUCUCCAACCAAGCUCAACAAUCAAAUCAGUCACCAAUGUCUUUAACGUCAGACGCGUCGUCGCCGAGGUCCUACGUCUCGCCGAGGAUCAGCACGCCGCAGACGAACGUUGGUCCUUUAAAGCCCCACCUUAGCGCACAGCCCGUCAUCUCACAGCCAAAAGUGAGCACGCCAGCAGUGAAGCAGCCGCCUCAUUCGCAACCCCCGUCUCAGCAGUCCCUAUCGAGCGAGAAGCAUCACGGUCACGACGCCACCACGGCCUCGCCGCGCGCGCUUCAGCGCCAGAGCAGUCAGAGGAGUCCGUCUCCAGGACCCAACCACGUCGCCUCAAGCAGCAACACCUCCAACUCUGCCUCGGCACCCCCCAACGCCUCGGCGGCCCGACCUUCCUGCUCCCUCACCCCCACGCUGGCCACCCACUUUAACGAGAACCUUAUCAAACACGUGCAGGGAUGGCCCGCAGAACACGCAGAGAAACAGGCAUCCAGACUACGCGAAGAAGCUCACAGCAUGGGGAGCAUCUGCAUGUCUGAGAACUGCACCGAGCUCAAAAACCUGCGCUCUCUGGUCCGAGUCUGUGAAAUCCAAGCCACCCUGCGGGAGCAGAGGAUAUUGUUUCUGAGACAGCAAAUCAAAGAACUUGAAAAGUUGAAGAAUCAAAAUUCCUUCAUGGUCUGAGAACUUUGGGGUCGAGAGUUUGUUGUUUUGGGGGAAGGGGGCGGGAAACCCAUUGCACAGAGCGGUUGUUUGGUUCCUCUCAGAGCUGGAUUGGACCGGGAGAGGUGGAGGUAGGGGAGGGUUGCUUUACAAGACUUAGUUUUGUAAAAACCCACGGUGUGUUUAACGGGGGGGCGGGGAUGUAGAUUUCUUGUAGAUGUUAUUAUCUAUGUUGUAAAUAUGUUUUGUAGAUGGAAGCCAUGGAAAGCCAUGCUUAUCAAAAGCUUUGGACAUCCAGACUAAUCAGCAGUCCUUCAUCUUUAACUCAUCUGCAGACUUCAAGCUUGGUUCUGUCACUCGGCACGUCACCCAACCGUUGGAGGGGAGGGGGGGGCUAACAGUGGUUCAGUGGUCCGUCAGCAGCUUCUGGUGGCCCUGCAUUACCCAGUCUGAAAAGAAUCAGUGCCUGGUGGUUGGUGAAGUGAGUGAUUAUUUAAAAUAAAAAAACAAAAAUCAGUGGUGGGAUGUGACGGCGUGCUGCUUUGGACCAUUUCCCGCUAAACUCUCCCCGCCCCACCUCUUCAUCCGACGCAUCCCUCCUUUCUGUGUUGUGCUUUAUUUUCUUCUCCUUUUGGGUUCCCGCUGUUAAUGUUCCUCCCUCCUCCUCUUUGACUUCUCAAGUUGAGGUUGUACCUCUUGUUUUCAUUCCUUUGUACAGUUGCUAACAUAAACAGUGGAGUUUUAAGAGAGACAGAGUUAAAAAAAAAAAAAGGUUUUAUUUAUAAGAGUUGUAGUGACGAGCAGUAAAUCACAACGAUAGCCACACAUUUUCACCAGCGCCCGGUGGAGGAGCUGUAGUACGGCUUCAGCAGGUCCAAGGCGGGUGCAUGUGGAGCACCUCUACAGUCAGCGCAGGGCAACGAGAGGUCAAAGCUCAAAUGUGAAAUGUACGUAUUGUAAUAAACAUGUUAAACUGAAGC